CUCAUACAUAUGGAUAUAUAAACCCGUAAGAAGUUGCAUCUUUUUGCAACUAUAUAUGAGUCUUGCUUAAGCUUACCUACUGGGCGUGUUCGAAGUGUUCAUACGCUCCUAGGUACUUUAUUUGAUAUCACAAUUAUAGUGUCCCUCUGUUCCUAGAAAUCUCCGGUUCUGUCUUAGUGACCAAGAUUCAGGUGGAUAAAGUGAUAAAUAAGAUGGGAUGCCAUGCAGCACAAAGCAACAAUACAGAUUGUGAUUCUCCAAAAGAAUGUGCGGCAGAUGAAAUAAAAAGUGACAAAGAAUUUUCCUCUAAUGAAGAGGCCAGUUCAGAAAUCUUGAGAAUUUGUUCUUGUGUUGGGUGCAAAGUUGGAAUUUUGAAAAAAAAGCUUCUUGUUCUUGAUAUUAAUGGAUUGCUUGUGGAUUUGGUUUAUCCUCCUCCAAAUGAUCAAAAUCCAGAUACAAUUAUUAGAGGGGUAGCAGUAUUCAAGAGGCCUUUUUAUCUGGAUUUUCUUAAAUUCUGCUUUGAGAGAUUUGAAGUUAGUAUAUGGUCUUCAAGAUCAAGGAGAAAUGUUGAACCAAUUGUUGAGUAUUUGAUGGGAGAAAUGAAAAAUAAGUUGUUGUUCUGUUGGGACUAUUCUCAUUGUACUGGAACAAGCUUCAAAACAUUUGAAGAUAGUCACAAGGAGCUGCAGUUUAAGGAUAUGAAGAAAGUUUGGGAUAAGCAGUUCCCUAAUCUUCCUUGGGAUAAAGGAUAUUACAAUGAAUCAAAUACAUUAUUAUUGGAUGAUUCUCCCUGCAAAGCGUUGCUUAAUCCUCCAUACACUACACUCUUCCCUCAUACAUUCACUUACAAGAAUAAGAGUGACAAUUCAUUAGGUGCUGGUGGUGACCUUCGAGAAUAUAUAGGUGAAUUGGUAAACGUGGAAAAUGUCCCAAAGUAUGUUGAGGAACACCCAUUUGGCCAAGAACCAAUCACCAAAACAAGUCAAUCUUGGAACUUCUACAUCCAAAUUAUUGAUAGUCUUUCUGCCUCUUGAAACAACCAGACACGUUCAAUCAAUUAUUGUUUUAAACAUAAUUGAGAUCAGAUAUGAAAGCUAAGGCGUUGUUAUUGUUGUUAAAUU